GCAGUGUCCAUGGUAGUAACAUUGUCUUCAAUGUAAAAAUGUACCUAUUUGAAGUCACUACUUCUAACACUACCACCAGCAGAGCUUGAGCUGAGAAGAAACUACGGUUCUCCUUACUCAGACCCAGAACACCCCUUCCCUACAAUCUGCUAAAACAUGGUGGAUUACUAUGAAGUUCUAGGAGUGCAGCGAUAUGCUUCACCUGAGGACAUUAAAAAGGCUUAUCGUAAAGUGGCACUCAAAUGGCACCCUGAUAAAAAUCCAGAAAAUAAAGAAGAAGCUGAGAGAAAAUUCAAAGAAGUAGCUGAGGCAUAUGCGGUAUUAUCAAAUAAUGAAAAAAGGGACAUUUAUGAUAAAUAUGGCCAAGAAGGAUUAAAUGGCAGAGGCAGAAGUCACUUCGAUGAUUCUUUUGACUAUGGCUUCACAUUCUGUAAGGCAGAUGAUGUCUUUACAGAAAUUUUUGAUGAAAGGGAAACAUUUUCAUUUCAUUUCUUUGAAGACUCACUGGAGGAACUUUUAAAUAGUCCAAGAAGCUCCUGUGGAAGCAAAGAUACAAGAUCCUUUUUUGCUACCUCAAGUCAAUAUCCAGUUUUUGAGAGAUUUUCUUCAUAUGAUACAGGAUAUACAUCCUAUGGUUCACUGGGCCACAAGGGCCUUAAUUCAUUCUCCUCCCUGGCAUUCGAUGAAAGUGGGAUAAGCAACUACGUAUCUGUUACAGCUUCAGAUAAGACUGGUAAUAGAAAUACAAACACACAGAGAAUUACUGAGAACAAUCAAGAAAUAGAAGUUGAUGAUGUUGAGUUGAACUCCUUCCUUAUAAAUGGUGUGGAAGAUGAAGAAGGCUUUGCAGAAGAAUGCAGCUGGAGAAGAGAGUCAUUUAACAAUUACUCACCAAAGUCCCAUAGCCUCAAACAAGUAACUCAAUAUACUUUUGUGGAUAAUGAUGAACAAGAUGUAUAUUGGGUCACCAGCAGCUGGAAUCCCUCUAUGCUCUCAGCAGGAUUCAAAGAAGAUGGUAAGAGGAAAAAAAAAAAGCAUAAAGCCAUGCAGAAGAAGUCAACUAAAAACAAUCGUUAAAUUGAUUCUA